UAUUCCUCUACCGUUCGCCUCUCUCCUGUGUAGCCUAAGCCGAGUCACGCAUAUUCGACGAAGCUAGUACGAAAAGUAUUCGAACUUAGUAGUCAAUAAUACGGCACUCUAACUUCGCCGCCAGCCAUGGCUCCCCCAUCCGAAGAGAGUAACGCACACCGGCGCGUUAGUAAGAAGCUUCAUAAAAGGCGUAAAGACGAACAUCAGCCAACUAUGGAGCUUCCCGACCGCUUAAAAGAUCACGGUGAUGAUGUGGACGAAGACGUUUUACCUCCCACGCAAGGACCGCAGAUGUUCAUGAAUAUGAAUCAGUCGAUAUUCGGAUUGAUUGCCGCAGCUGGUUCGAACGUAGACUUUAACGACCGAUUUGAAGGACAAUCUAGUGACGAAGACGAGGAUAUCGAUCGGGAUCAUAUACUAAGGAAAGGAAAGGAAAGGGAACAAAUUGCGCAAACCGUGGUACUGAAGAAGGGCUCCUCGGAAAGAGAAAAAGGAGAAAAGCAACGGAGGAGAUUAUCUGGUCAACUCUUGCGCUCGCUUCCUCAAUUACCGCGACUCACAACGCGAUCCAAAUUUAAGCAAUCGAAAUCGUCAGGCGCACAACCUAGCAGAUCGAAUACUGAGGGCUUGAGCUCACCGACCGCCGAGGACCCGCUCUCUCCCACAAUCGACGCCACUAAAACCGACUCCGAAGGGGGGCGACUUGCUCCGGUGAUGAGUAGGAUGCUAGAGGCGAGGAUGGAAAUGUCGUCUAGGCAAAGUUUCGACCUCGAAAGGUUGUCGGGCGAUCAUCGUAGAGCUGAUGCGGAUGAUGCUGGGCCAAGCUUAUUGGCUCGCAAGCUGAAACAAAUAUUCGAGUUCGACGAACCUGAAGAAGUGAUAGAGGAAUAUCCUUGUUGGUUAUUGCAAAGUGUGCUGCUACAAGGUUACAUGUAUAUCACGGCGAAGCACAUUUGCUUUUAUGCCUAUCUUCCGAAGAAAGCUCAUGAGGUUGCCAAGUCAGGUUACCUGUCAAAGAGCGGCAAAAGAAACCCCAAGUAUAGUCGUUAUUGGUUUCGCCUAAAAGGGGACGUGUUGGCCUACUAUAGAGACCCAUCUAACCUCUACUUCCCACACGGCCAGAUCGAUCUAAGCUAUGCUAUCUCGGCAAGCGUAGACGAGAAAGAAAAAGAUGACUUCUCAUUCUCCGUCGUCACCAAUCACCGGACUUACCAUCUAAGAGCUGACAGUGCUCCGAGUGCCAAGGAAUGGGUCAAAAGUCUACAACGAGUCAUAUUCCGAUCUCACAAUGACGGAGACAGCGUCAAGAUAUCCUUACCCAUCGAGAACGUUAUAGAUGUAGAAGACAGUCAGAUGAUCGAGUUCGCUGACACAUGCAAGAUUCGUGUUAUUGACAACGAUGAAACAUAUGCCAUCGACGAGUAUUUCUUCUCUUUCUUCAGCUUUAGCAAGGAAGCAAUUAAUGUUCUCAAAAUUCUAUUCGAUAAUGCAUCGAAACAAGAUUCUAGCGUUGCAGAGUCAAGUCCAUCCCGACAAGCAAAACAGGAGACGCAACCUCGGAAUAGUUCCAUAAAUGUCAAACGGACGAAAGGUCUUCCUCAGCUCGAUAUCAUAUCACCGAAACUUCGCGAAAAUGUACGGGCGACGUUGGCUCCUAUGUCACCUAAUAGCCCGCGAGAAGCGAGCCCCCGCGCUAGUGGUGACGUUCCUCGGGGUAGCUUUGACGCAUUUCGCCAAUUCGGACGGCGAAGCCUUGACCUUGAUGCUUUGACGCGGGAUGCGUCGCCUCGUCGAAGCUUCAGUGCCAGCAGGUCGUUAAGUAAACACCGUAGGAACGAGACUGCGACGCAGCAGGACAAGAUGGAAUCUUCUGACUCUUACGUGCAUUCGAUAGAGGAUCCAAGCACAUCUGCUCUAGCAUCAUCGUCAAACGAGGAUCCUUCUGGCAGUCAGAUUCUUCGAGGUAGCGAUGUAUUUCGUAGGCCUACCAUCCGGCGCUCUGUCUCGAUCUCGCGCACUUCUCCACGCGAGAGGUCGUCUGGGACAAGUCGCUUGCGCGAGAGAUCGGAUGAGUCUUUGCCGUAUGUUAAGCGCCACGCCGCCACGACAGGUCAUGUGAAUAAUCUCGGAUCUGACGAGAAGUUCGAUCAAGCAUCUUCGACCUCCCCAGGACUUCAGAAAAUAGCCAACAUGGGCGCUUACCCAUUGCAGCGUGCAGGAAUUUUUGCUAAUUACUUGAAUAAAACUAGCCGCCAUAUGAGCAACCUUCUGGCUACCGAGUCGAUGGGAUACGUAGAAAAGGUAUCGGGAAUGUGGAAAGGAGGGCGUAAACAUUAUCAUGAAACUCCUGCUCUUAAACCUGAAGGUGGGGAAUUGGACGACGACGACGACGGUGUUGAUAUGGACCGAUUCCGUGCACAUUUCGCACUGCCCGAAACCGAAAAACUCCAAGCAACUUAUUACGGCUACAUCGUUCGUGUCCUACCCCUCUACGGUAAAGUCUACAUAAGCAAUCGGUACUUUUGUUUCCGCAGCUUAUUGCUCGGAACACGAACAAAAUUGAUUCUCCCUCUAAAAGAUAUCGAAACAGCUGAGAAGGAGAAGGGUUUCCGAUUUGGUUAUUCAGGCUUGGUGGUCGUUAUUCGUGGUCACGAGGAACUAUUCUUCGAGUUCAACAAGGCCGAAAUACGUGACGAUUGUGCUGUCACCCUACUGCGGAACCUUGAGACCACACGAUAUCUUCGAGAAAUCGGCAAAUUAGACGAGGAAGAACAAGAAGACGCAGAUGAAGCGAUGGCGGAACGUGACGCACUCCACGAAGCACGACUUCAGGAUAACAAUGAGCACGAGCUCAAGAUGCCCCACGAGACGUCUUGUCUCACAGAUUCCUCCCCGACGAUUCUUUUCGAUGAUCCUAAGGCGUCAUUCCUCAACUUCAAGCCAUCCGAAUCGAUGAGAGUUACCUGCUUGACAAUUGGCUCAAGAGGUGACGUUCAACCUUACAUCGCACUAUGUAAAGGAUUAAUGGCCGAAGGCCACAAGGUUCGGAUAGCUACACAUGCUGAGUUUAAGGAUUGGGUUGAAGGGCAUGGUAUAGAGUUCUCCGCGGUCUCGGGCGAUCCCAGCGAACUCAUGCGCAUAUGCAUCCAGAACGGUACAUUUACCUGGGCCUUCUUGAAAGAAGCCAACUCGAAAUUCAGAGGUUGGUUAGACGACCUCCUCGCAUCUGCCUACGAAGCGUGUAAAGGUUCUGAUCUCCUGAUCGAGAGUCCUAGCGCCAUGGCCGGCAUCCAUAUCGCAGAGGCGUUAGGUAUCCCUUAUUUCCGAGCUUUCACGAUGCCUUGGACUCGCACACGGGCCUAUCCACACGCCUUCGUCAUGCCCGAACACAAGAUGGGUGGUGCAUACAAUUACGUUACAUACGUCAUGUUCGACAACGUAUUCUGGAAAGCGACGGCGCACCAGAUCAAUCGUUGGAGGAAUAAUAUCCUCGGCUUGCCUAACACCAACUUAGAAAAGUUACAGCCAAACAAGGUGCCCUUCCUCUAUAACUUUUCUCCGGCGGUCGUAGCACCUCCUCUCGAUUACAGCGACUGGAUUCGUGUGACAGGGUACUGGUUCUUGGAUGAGGGCACCGAGUGGACACCGCCUGAUGAUCUUAUGAAUUUCAUCCAGCAAGCACGCAAGGACGAGAAGAAGUUGGUUUACGUUGGUUUUGGUUCGAUCAUAGUGCCAGACCCGGCAAAAAUGACACAAGAGGUCAUCGACGCUGUUCUAAAGGCGGAUGUUCGUUGCGUGCUAUCCAAGGGAUGGUCCGACCGUAUCGGUAACAAGGAUGCGGCAGUCAAGGAACAAGAAUUCCCACCCGAGAUAUUCCAGAUAAAGAGCGCACCACAUGAUUGGUUAUUUGCUCAGAUGGAUGCUGCCGCCCACCACGGUGGCUCAGGAACGACAGGUGCUAGCUUACGAGCCGGUAUACCUACAAUUAUCCGCCCCUUUUUCGGCGACCAGUUCUUUUUCGGUAGUCGGGUCGAGGAUCUAGGCAUCGGCAUCUGCUUAAAAAAAUGGGGUGCCAACAGCUUCGCGAGAGCCUUAUGGGAAACCACGCACAGCGAACGAAUGAUCGUCAAGGCUCGGGUUUUGGGAGAGACCAUUCGAAAGGAAAAUGGUGUCGAUACAGCAAUUCAAUGCAUUUACCGAGACCUCGAAUAUGCCAAGAGUCUGAUCAAAUCCAAGACUGGCAAGAAUGCAGCUACAGCUAGCAGCCCCGACGGAACCACGAUUGAUGACUCGGAAGAGGAGAGCUGGACGUUCGUCGGCGGCGACGAAGUCGACCCGGAGCUUGUCGUUAAGAAAAGCGCGCUCUCCCAGUUGGAAGCUAAUAUGGGCGGAGUCUCGGGCAUGGCUUCGAUGGGUACGAGGCUAGCCGGAGGUAGGGGAACGAGCGUAAGCACCUCAUCGACCACGACGGGUUCUUAGGGAGAUUCCU